CCCCCAACACGACGACCAUUUCUUUUCCAUAUUUCCGCACCUCAUCCCCUGAUCCGUCUCUCUCGUCGCCCGCGGCGGCGGGGGCGGUGGCGCGCGGCCGUUGACCCGAUGACAGGAGGAGGCGGAGAGGACGUCCCCGCGCCGAGGCGGCGCCCCCUGACGGUGCUCCCCCUCGUCGCGCUCAUCUUCUACGACGUCUCGGGCGGGCCGUUCGGCAUCGAGGACUCUGUCCGCGCCGGCGGCGGCGCGCUGCUCCCGCUCCUCGGCUUCCUCAUCCUCCCGGUCCUCUGGUCGCUCCCUGAGGCCCUCAUCACCGCCGAGCUCGCCUCCGCCUUCCCCACCAACGCCGGCUACGUCGCCUGGGUCUCCGCCGCGUUCGGCCCCGCGGUCGCCUUCCUCGUCGGCUUCUCCAAGUGGGCCUCCGGCACCCUCGACAACGCGCUCUACCCGGUGCUCUUCCUCGACUACCUCCGCUCCAGCGGGCUCGCCCUCGCGCCGCCGCUCCGCUCGCUCGCCGUGCUCGGCCUCACCGCCGCGCUCACCUACCUCAAUUACCGCGGUCUCCACCUCGUCGGCCUCUCCGCGCUUUUCCUCACCGCCUUCUCCCUGUCCCCGUUCGUCGCGCUCACCGUGCUCGCCAUCCCCAAGAUCCGCCCUUCCCGCUGGCUCGCCGUCAACCCCAAGGCCAUCGACCCGCGCGGGUACUUCAACUCCAUGUUCUGGAACCUCAACUACUGGGACAAGGCGAGCACGCUCGCCGGCGAGGUCGACGAGCCGAGGAAGACGUUCCCCAAGGCGGUGUUCGGCGCCGUGGCGCUCGUCGUCGGCGCGUACCUCAUCCCGCUCCUGGCCGGCACCGGCGCGCUGCCAUCGGAGACCGCGGCCGAGUGGACGGACGGGUUCUUCUCCGAGGUCGGGCAGAGGAUCGGCGGGCCCUGGCUGCGCGUGUGGAUCCAGGCCGCGGCGGCCAUGUCCAACAUGGGGCUCUUCGAGGCCGAGAUGAGCAGCGACUCCUUCCAGCUCCUCGGCAUGGCCGAGAUGGGCAUGAUCCCCGCCAUCUUCGCCCGCAGAUCGCGACAUGGAACGCCGACUUACAGCAUCCUCUGCUCGGCGACGGGGGUGGUGGUCCUCUCCUUCAUGAGCUUCCAGGAGAUCAUCGAGCUCCUCAACUUCCUCUACGGGCUCGGCAUGCUCGUCGUGUUCGCGGCGUUCCUCAAGCUGCGUUUCAAGGACCCGGACCUGCCCCGGCCGUACCGGAUCCCGCUCGGCUCCGUGGGGGCCGCCGUCAUGUGCGUCCCGCCCGUCUUGCUAAUCGGCACCGUCAUGUGCCUCGCAUCGGCCACGACCAUCGUCGUCAACAUCAUCGUGCUCGCCGUCGGGGUCGCCAUGUACUUCGGCGUCGAACGCCUCAAGGGCAGCGGCUGGGUUGAGUUCCUGACGCCCGUGCCGUCCGACAGCUUCCACGGAUCGUCGUCCGACGAUGACGUCGAGGAUGUCCGCGCCGUCCUCCUCCCCGCCGACGUGCCCCCCGCCCAGGAGGAAGUGGCCAGCAAGGCCGAGUAGCGCGCGCGCGGGGAGAGGCGGUCGCAAUUUGUACCUGCACACAUACGUACCUAGUACAAUUGUUGUACAGUAGGUUCAGUAAAUGGGUAUAUUUGUCAUACACCAAUUCAUUCAUAAUCAUACCACAGUUAGUUGAGUUGUAUAAACCCCCGACUUUUCAGGGUGAUAAUUGUAGUUGCUUCAUGUUUGGGAUUCA